AUGUCUCUUUUCCUACGAAAUUGCAGAAAGCGAUGGAUUCUCCCCAAAAGACCGCUUGUUCGCUUCAACUCGAGACAUUUCAUACACGAGAAGCCUGAUAGCAAUCUUCAAAACCAGCAUCAAUUAAGAACGGCUCUUGAACGGUUUAUCAAGAAGGAGGCCUCCAGACCUCUGCCAACGGUUUCUUUGGACGAUCUGCUUCGGUUCAGCUUUGUUGCUUCACAUAAAGACAAGCCGUUGAUGUUGAUAGAGAACGCUAACGAUACGUUGAGCGACAUGUUUGUCUUGGUGACCAAGAGACUAUCCGAGUUUAUGAAAUUGCCGUACAUUGUGGUGUUGAACCCCAAGAUUGCCGAGAUAUACAACUCGUAUCUGGAAACGUUGAAAGUUCUGUUGGAUUUCGUCGCCGAGUGCGAUCCAGAGUGUGAGAUUGCGGAUGACGAGCUGAAUUUCAAGAUCCAGAAUCUGGACCAGAACGACAAGUUUCUUGAGGUUCUGAAGCAAACUAUAGACAUCCACACAGACAAUUUGUCGAUUUUGAGCGAGGGGUUUGAGGAAAUCUCUGGACUGACGAUGAUCAACGACACAACAUUCUUGAACGAGCAUUUGCAGGAGAGAAUUCUGAUGAGGUUGCUGGCAAACCAUCAUAUACAGCUUUCUGAGCAGCUCAAGAACGUUGGGGGCGAGUUUGAAGGGCUCGACCACAUCGGUAUAAUUGAGCCGAACCUGAACGUUUUGGAGAUUCUGGAGCGCUCGUUUGGGUUUGUCAACGAUAUGGCGUCGUUGAAAUACGACGAGAAAAUCAGGAUGGACGUGCGUACGGUCACCAUCAACAGCGACGAGAGUGCCACCGAGUACAACAUUGAGAACUUCGAGACUGCGCAGGGCCAUCCUGUUCUGCGGUUCCCGUACAUUUCUGCGCACAUAGAGUACGUCUUGAACGAGAUUUUGAAGAACUCCACAAGAGCACAUAUUGAGAACGAGGUCAGGGUUCCUAUAGAGACGUUGAUUGUGGUGAACAAGCCGGACGUGACCAAGGAAGGUCCGCAGUUCUACCAUUUAGAGAUCCGCAUCAGCGACCAGGGACUGGGGAUCGACCCCGAAGUGGAAAAGAAGCUGUUUGACUACUCGUUCACCACUUUUGACUCCGAGUCUGUGGACGGAGACUCGUACAAGACUUUGAACCACACGGGCGGCAACCAGGCCAACAUCAUUGCCGGUAUGGGAUAUGGGUUGCCGUUGAGUUUGACGUACAACCGACUGUUCCACGGCGAUAUCCAGCUCAAGACGGUGCACGGGUUCGGCACCACGGUGUACCUCAAGUGGAUUGGAGUAGAUGCGAAGAAACUUGUUUAA